AGUUGAAACAUUAGUCAACCAUAACAAUAGCAGUUUCCUCUUCAAACUUCUUCUUGGCAAGGAAGUAGGCACCAUUCGUCAGCUUUCGGAGCUCCAAUAAGUAUAAAUUUAUUAGGAACUGGGAGUAGAAAAUAAACAAAGCCAACUUGUGAGAAAAUGCCACCUCCAAAUUCUGCUUACAUGCCGAACAUCUCACGUCAUGUAUAGUACAUGUAGGUCAAUUGAAUCAAACCUUUAGCCUGCGGCCGUUCCUGCAGAGGAAUGUGUUUCGAUGAAACUGAGGAGAAUUUCAAGUUCAGGUACGCUUUUAUGGUGAUAUUUUGGCUGUUGGUGUUGGGUUGGUGCUCUCGAUGAGAACAACACGAACAGUGAAUCUUGAAGAUCAAAGGGAUGGGAGACUGCUCCGUUUUCUUUCUCGGUGUUUUGAAUCAGAACGCCUCUGCCUCUGAAGGUUGCAAGAUAUUGUAACGAGUGACUUCUUUGUUUUGGCUGGCUUUUCCAAGUUGCCCGGCAUUCGACCGCAGUUUUUGGUUUCAAUUUGUGGGAUCCCCAUUUUCACUCAUUUGAUUCCAUUCCCUUUUAUGCGGUUCCAACUCCAAGCUUGUAUCCUGGUUAGCUCGCGCAAAACAUCCCAUUAGCCUGCACUAAGCAUGGCGGAGGAGAUUGUCCUCUCUGUGGUGCUAUUAAUCUUGGGCAUAGCAGUUUUCGUUGUGAUUCAUAUUUGCAUAGUUAGGAGGCUCUUCCGGCCAGACUACCACAGUGGGGUGUUGGAUUCGGAUUCAAGUUCAGGACGAAGGCUCGGCAGUCCAACUCCGAAGAUGUCUUCCCAGGACUUGAGCAGGCUGCCCUGUUUUGAUCACAUGGACAUGGGUGAAGGAGGGAGAGGUGGAAUUAACGGCAAUAAUGCAGACUGCGCCGUUUGUCUUGAGAGCUUCAAGGGCAGCGAGAAAUGCAGGCUGCUGCCUGAUUGUGGGCACUAUUUCCAUGCUCAGUGUAUAGACUCCUGGUUGUUGAAGACACCCAUUUGCCCAAUCUGCAGGGCAAGCAUACAUUCUCCGGGAGUUACCAACAGCUCGGCGGAGGAAGGUGAUGUUCGUUCUGAUGUCAUAGUUGAAUCAUGACAGACUUUGCAGUUCUACGUCGAAUCAAGUUCGAGCAGACACCAUCUUUGAAGUCAAAAGUCGUCUUCUCUUAGGAUCGUUUGGUUUAGUUAGAAAUUCCCAUGUACAUUCCAUUGCACUGUCAUGGAAUCCCCUACCAUACUCAGUUCCGUUCAUCUUCUGCAACCUAAAUUACCUAAUGCUGACAUUUCGUCGCCGAUCUUCUCUUUGACAACCUUUGAUAAAUCUGUCCAGAAUUCAGUCCGGACGUCUCCUCUUUGACAA